AUGGAGUCCCGCACCGCGGCCCGUCCCCGCCCCUACGGCGUGCCGCGUCGGCAGCCGUCCGCCCUCCCCGGUCCUGAACGCUGUCAGCCUCUUCUCCUUCGUGGAGGACAUGAGGGGCUCUGGCGUUUCCCUCUCUUAGGUGGAGAUGAUGAAACACCUCGAGGCGGAAAGAUUUCCCAGCCCUCGCGUUGUGGCUCUAGGGCUCUUUCUUGGGAUCUGCAGUGUGUGGCCCUGCACUCCGCUCCCGGUAGCUCCCCCCACUCUUCAACCAUCGCUAGCUCCCAGGUGCCAGGACCGAGGCUCCGGGUGCCUAAGGUGUACUCUCCGGUGACUCCCGUGCCCACCAUGGCCCCUCUCAACUCCUACAUGACCUUGAACCCUCUCAGCUCUCCCUACCCUCCAGGAGGGCUUCAGGCCUCCCCACUACCCACAGGACCCCUGGCACCCCCAGCCCCCACAGCGCCCCUGGGGCCCACCUUCCCAGGCCUGGGUGCCGGCGGCAACGGUGGAAGCAAUACUUCCGGGUAUGGCGCCCCAGGGCCUGGGCUGGUCCACGGAAAGGAGAUGGCAAAGGGGUACCGGCGGCCGCUGGCCCACGCCAAGCCACCGUAUUCCUACAUCUCUCUCAUCACCAUGGCCAUCCAGCAGGCGCCAGGCAAGAUGCUGACCCUGAGCGAGAUCUACCAGUGGAUCAUGGACCUCUUCCCAUACUACCGGGAGAACCAGCAGCGCUGGCAGAACUCCAUCCGCCACUCGCUGUCCUUCAAUGACUGCUUUGUCAAGGUGGCGCGCUCCCCAGACAAGCCGGGCAAAGGCUCCUACUGGGCCUUACAUCCCAGCUCCGGGAACAUGUUUGAGAACGGCUGCUACCUUCGUCGUCAGAAACGCUUCAAGCUGGAGGAGAAAGUCAAGAAAGCAAACGGAGCCGCACCUACCACCAGGAACGGAGCGGUGGUGGGGCCGGCCACCUCCGCCACGACUGCAGCCGCCACAGUGGUCCCCUCCCAGGCUCAGCCCCAGCCUGCGCCUCCUGAGCCUGAGGCCCAGAGUGGGGAGGAUGUGGGGGCUCUGGACUGCGCUUCUCCUUCUUCCUCCACACCCUAUUUCACUGGCCUGGAGCUCCCAGGGGAGCUGAAGUUGGACGCACCCUACAACUUCAACCACCCUUUCUCUAUCAACAACCUGAUGUCAGAACAGACACCAGCCCCUUCCAAACUGGAUAUGGGGUUUGGGGGCUACGGGGCGGAGAGUGGGGAUCCAGGGGUCUACUACCAGAGCCUCUAUUCCCGCUCUCUGCUUAAUGCAUCCUAGCACGGUAACUGGGAACACGGUGAUGGGGGGUCAGCUGGGACGGACACCAGGUUCUUGGGCCCCGGUCCUUCUGGCCACACUUUGCUUGUCCCAUUGAUUAACAUCUUAUUUGGUCUAGAACUGUGAUGACCCACUGGCUACUGUGGUAACUGCCACGGACUCCCUGGUGGGCCGCGGGUGGUGGCGGUAUUGUGAAGGUAGCUAUGCUGGGUGUACUGUGAAAGCUGCCAGACUGAGAGAAGACAUUGGC